AUGCCAAGUGUCGUGCCACCACACCUGAGGCAGAGGCACGAGGAAGGCAUCACCAGGCGUCCCCGGUUGUUCGGCAAGUACCGGCUGUCGCUGUGCCUCAUUCCCCUCGGCUUCCUCGGCAUCAUCGGAGUCGCCUACUUGACAGCCAUACCAGAUUCGCGAACGCCAAAUGGAACACGGAGGUCGACACCCCUGGCGGCGUCUACGAGUGCUGCGCCGUUUGCUGUCAGCCCGGGCAGACCAAUCCCGCGUUACAGGUAUGUGGCCCGUCCCGGGACGUUCGACGCUCCACGUCCGAUGGUUCAAAUCACCACCGAGCCACCGGACAACGGCACAACCACAUCGGAGGUCACCAAGCUGUCCUGGGCCGCACACGUACCAAGGAAACCGAUAUGGUGCUUCUUCGACUCCAAGGACUUCACGUACACGGUAAGCAGCCUGCCACUGGAACUCUGCUCGGCCAUCGUCUUCUGCUGCCUCGACCUCUCGCAAGGAGGCGACAGCGUCGUAGUCUUGGCGGCUGAUGAAGAACGGUACAGCGCCAUCGCGGAGCGUCGCAAGGCCUACCCCUGGGUUCGGUUGUUCGUGGGCGUCGGUGGUCCUCGGGCCAUGGAGGACGGCUUCCGCGCCCUCGCCUCGGCCGACGUCACCAACAGGACCGUGGUGCGCCUCUGCCGCAGCCUGCACAAGUUCUCUGAGCGCCUGGGCGGUGAAGGCGUCCUCUUCCACCCGCCGGCUGGGACCGACGGCGCCUACCACCAGUUCAUCGUGAACCUUAAUGAAUGCCUCGGCGCAUUUGACAUUGAGGUCAGCGUAGUCAUUCCAGAAGACGCCAUCGACGACAGGGCCUUCUUCAAGUACGAAGCGUACUACAGGUUCCUUAAGAAUGUCGUGGUGUGGGCGCAUAUUCCAAACAUGAGCCAUGCCACCUGCGGCUUCGACAGCGGUUCCUUUGAACCGUGGUACGAGUGGCUGAAGCGCAAGCCUCUAUCGGUGGCCACCAAGAGCCUGCUGUCUCUGAGCCUGGCGCCGCUUCGCUACUCCAUGCCGCCCGGCCAGGAAGGCCGCAGUUGCUUCCGCAAGCAGUCUGCGGUGAAGCCACAGAAGGUUCCAUUCGCACAGGUGUGCCUCAGGAUUCCGGACAUGACGGCCGAGGAACCGCUACCGACAAGUUCCUGUCACGUGUACCACGACCAGCGCGACUGCUACGUCACGUUUUCCUCCAAGGCGCUUACAGUCAUUGGCAACGUGGUGAAUCGACACUUCCAGAACGGCCUGGCCGUUGUCGACCUCAACUUCGACGACUACCUGGGCGUCUGCGGCGAGCGUCACCGGCUCUUCAACGCGCUCUACAACAUCGUCGAUGCGUCGUGAAACUUCGUGAAACUCCGUCGCGGCUUUCACGCUGAACGCGACAAAGCUCGGAGUUGUUUCCUCAAGUACCUCACUGAGGAGAGCAGCCGUG